AUGAAUACUAAUUCAACUUCAAGGAACCUUCUAACACUGGAAACAUUGGGCUUAUCAAGCAAACAUGUCUAUCCAGCAUUUGUAUUUGGAACAUUUACCUAUUUAAUUAUUGUGUUUUGCAAUUUAUUGGUAUUGACAGCCAUUGCUAUGAAUAAGAAGCUGCAUAAGCCCAUGUUUAUCCUGCUGUUCAACUUGCCCAUCAGUGACAUGGUGGGUGCCACAGCUUUUUUCCCUCAUCUCCUUUUUAGCAUGGUGACAGAGAACCGGCUGAUUUCCCACCCUGCCUGUAUUAUUCAGGCUUUUCUGAUUCAUGUUUAUGGCACAGGAAAUCUGCUGAUCUUGAGUGUCAUGGCUUAUGACAGAUAUAUCGCUAUAUGUUUUCCACUCAGAUAUACAACCAUUAUGAAUUCACAUAAUUUAAUGAAAAUGAUUAUAAUAAUAUGGUUUCUAAAUUUGUCAAUGAUGGUUACGUUAUUUACGCUGCUCGCACGUUUUAAAACUUGCAGGACAAACAUUGUGGAUUUAUACUGCAACAAUCAAUCGUUAGUGAAAUUAAUCUGUGAGGACACCAGCGUGAACAACUACUACGGAUUAGCAACUAUAGUUGUGCUCAUGGGAGGCCCAUUGUUAGUGAUUGUGUACACAUAUGCACAGAUCUUGCGCGUGUGUGUCAUUACUAAUCAUACAGACGCCCGGCGAAAAGCCAUUCAGACAUGUGGUACGCAUUUAGUUGUUUUCUUAAUCUUACAAAUCAACACCAGCUUUACGUUCAUCACUCACCGCAUUGCGAGUGCGUCCCCUGCUCUGAGAAGGGCGUUUGGUGUGUCUGUUCUGAUUUUCCCCCCGUUUUUGGACCCAAUUAUAUAUGGACUGAAAACUAAAGAACUAAAGCGAUGCAUAGUAACGUUCCUAAAAAGAAAUGUGGGUGUAACAAUGUAG